UUCUUUUCGGUGUAUGUUCUCAUUAUGGUGAGGUUAGCUUUCUCUUCUCCUUGAGCGAACUCUCCUCAGGAGAACUAGUCGGUAACCCGAACCCAAGCCAGUACAGUGCUGUAAUGACUAUGUACUGGUGGUCCUCAGACAGUCAGAGCGCCAGGACCGAGCCUCGUCCCAGAUGCCGGAACAUUUUGGUCGCCCGUUGACGUAACCAAGGUUGGCUGUCGGAACUAACUAACUUACAAGCAACAGUUUCCGCCCAAACGUUAGUCCUGUUCAGUUCACCGGCGGUUCAAACACGCUCCUAGUCUUGUGUCUUCAAGCCCUUGCAUGCCGACCACGACCAGCGGAUGUACCACAGUCGACGGUUAGAGCAAGUUACAGACAUGCAGUUUUAGGAGUCGGCUGGGCUCGUCGUCCAUCACACCGACAGCUGGCGUUCUUCGCAACUCGGUCUCUACUCUCUACUAUGCGACGAAUUGCUUACUUUUGGACAAGGCAUACGUAACGAGUCACUUCCAGGAGUCAAGCUAUCAGCACAUGAAAUACAGCGUCAAUCUCUCCGCUAGAUUCGGGAUCACCUGGAUCCUUACAAGCGACAGCCACAGCACAGGUGGUUGUUUCCUCUUGGUAGUUAAAGUAUCAUGGCCUCCAGGGCUGUUUCUUCCGUGCUAAGGACAUCUGCUAAAUUGCCGUCUGUUGUCACUUCCAGAGCGCAGUCAGCCGCUGCUGUGAAUUUGGCUCCAGAGGAGGUAUAUCGUCGUUCUCUAUUUGAACAGCCACCAACGUUGGUAACGUCCUUGCCCAGUGGCUUGCGAGUCGCGUCAGAAGAUACGGGUACAGAGACGGUUACGAUUGGAUUCUGGAUAGACGCAGGUUCUCGGGUGGAGAACUCCUCCAACAAUGGAAUGGCACAUUUCUUCGAGCAUAUGGCCUUCAAGGGCACACGAAAUCGCACUCAAGCACAUUUGGCAGUAGAGGUGGAGAACAUGGGUGCCCAGCUGAACGCCUAUACCAGCCGUGAGCAGACUGUAUUCUACUGCAGCGCCUUGCGUGAACGUAUGCCUGAGGUUGUCAAUAUGCUGUCGGAUAUCAUCCAGCAUCCGCUGGUCACGAAGAAAGAUGUGGAUAGUGAGCGCGACGUCAUUCUUCGUGAAUCCCAAGAAAUUGACAACAUGAUGGAUGAGGUAACAUUUGACUAUCUGCAUGCUGUGUCCUAUGAGGGCACCCCGCUGGAGCAGACUAUCCUCGGAUCGAUACACAACAUCAAGACGCUGCGCCGCGAGCAGCUGAUAGAGUUUGUGGAGAGUCACUAUCGUGCGCGUCACAUGAUCCUGGCUGCUGCUGGUGGAGUGGACCAUGAUGCGCUGGUGAAUGCCGCUGAGACCUACUGGCAUGCUGGUGCGAAGCUUGCCGGAGCACGCACUAUGCCUGACCCACCUCGCGGCAAGUUUGUGGGCAACGAGAAGCGGCUGAGCAACAUGGACAUGCAGCUGGCUCACAUUGCUCUUGCAGUGGAGGGCUGCAGCUGGACUGAUCCGGACUUCUUUGCACUCAAAGUAGCCAACGUGCUGAUGGGCGACUGGAAUCGCAUGGAGGUCUCGCCCAAGGCACCACUGGCACAGGUGCUCAGCCGGCGUGAAGGCUGCCAUACGUACACCUCGCCGUUGACAUGCUAUGCCGACACUGGUCUAUGGGGUACGUACUAUACUGCUGAUCCCACGGGUGUCGAGCACACUGCGCUGGCUGUUCUCGACGAGUGGAAACGACUUUGCCAGCACGUCACGGAGGAAGAAGUGCGCAAGGCCGUCCAAACUGUCAAGACGCAGUUCUUCUCGAAUCUCGACACUUCCGCCAGUAUCUGCGAGGAAAUUGGCCGUCAGCUGCUGGUGUUUGGCCGUCGCAUGCCGCUAGCUGAGGUGGAUGCUCGACUCGAGGCUGUCACGGCCGAAUGGGUCAUGGAUGCUUGUUCACGUCGUAUCCUGAACAAGCGACCAGCACUUGUAGCGAUCGGCCCGGUCGAUUCAUUGCCCAGUCUUGAUACACUGUCGGCUAAGCUAAAGGUGUAGGUUGGUCAACAUAGCCUGUGUCAUUUUGUAGGUUCUUGUCCUCUUGCUAACUAUUAUUUCUGUAUAUAAAACAUGAUCACCUAGCUGUUGAUAGGUAGGUAUCCUUUUUGUACAAAAUGUAGGAAUGUACAUAUUGUAUAUAAAUUAAUUAUCAAUCUAACUGUAUGUACAGGUCUUUUUUAUUGCUUUGUUUACACAAUAAUUUUAUUUCAAAUUUUUUGUAUUUAUUUGCAAUGUUCACUGCAUGAUUUGCACAAAACCAGGAAAAAUUGUACAAAAUG